UCGUGUGGCCCAGAGAUAUGGUGGCCAGUGACCUCCAGGAGAAUCUGAAGAAGCUUAACAACGGCAUGGCCUUCCUCAUCAAACACUCCCAGAAACUAUUCAGGGCUCCUAUGUACAUGAGGGAGCAUGCCAGAAUGCACUUCACAGGAUCUAAGACCCUGCAGACCAAGGAUGAUAUGGACCUGUCAUCUGUGACUGGUUUCCCUGCCCCUGUUCCCUGGAAGAGGUGUUGUGCUGACCCGUCUCAGUACCUGUCCCCCUCCUCGUCGUCCCAGGGCCAGCAGCACCACACAGAGGAGUCCCUGAAGGAGCUGUUCAGACACGUCCAUGACAACAUGCCCAACUCUGCCAAGAAGAAGAAACUCCUACGACAGCUUGCUAAACAGACCACCCCCGGCCUGGCCCCAGGGACACCCAUCAACAACUAUCAGCCCCCCCCGGCCCAGAGCAAGAAACACCCCCGCUCCCGCUCCUUCGGUGGAUUCAUCAAGAGGAGACAUAAGGGGGACCAACAGGCGUUGGAGAGGCGGGGUAGACAGAUCUCCCCGGAGAUGGUUGCUGCGGCGAUGGGACGGCUGGGAAAGGAGAACGUCGUCCUGCAGUCGGGGAACGGUCCGGUGACAGUGAAUAAUAGUACUCCAGUCGGGGUCAAGGCCUCUGACAGCAUGGCCCUCAAUAGAGAGAGGGGACUCAAACUAUCAAAGGACUCUCCAUCCAUCUCCAGAAUGUGUUGGUCUCCCUCCCUAGAAACGUCCAUGUAGAGGAUUGGUACUAGCAACACUGGACUUGUUAUUUUUUUGUCAUUUUUU